UGUGUUCCUACGUGUGUUUCCGGUGCGUAUUGGCUGGGCGUGGCAUUAAUGUUGCUGUUGCCGAUUUUCUUCUUUUUCACUUUACCUUCUUUCGAAACGUCAGAGUUUAUCCUGGAGUUUUCAGGGUUUUUUUAAAGCCACGGUUUUGAACCGUACACAUGUCGCACACCGUCAUCACCAACAGUUCGACCAACACGAGGACUUCCGGUGACGGUGUCCUCAACAUGGGCUACACCCGGACCAUCCCGGGUCUGCUGAAGAUGGGACAACUGCUUGCUCUGCUGAUCGCCUUCCUUUGCGUGCACUGUGCCCGUGGCUGGCCCAACUGGUAUGCCUUCCAGUACUUUGAGGUCGUGACCCUGUGGUUCUUUGUUGUUUUCCUGGUUUUCUUCCUCAUGCACCUGUUCAGGCUGCAGACCAAGAUGCCCUGCAUCAACUGGCCCCUGACGGAGUUCUUUCAUUACUCUUUUGGAACCGUCCUCAUCCUCAUCGCCUCCAUCAUUGCUGCAGUGAAGGGCGGCAACGUCUCAGCACUGGCAGCUGGAUCGGCGUUUGGUUUCAUUGCCACAUUCCUGAUGGCUAUUAACAUGUGGACGUCCUACAGCGCCUCCUGUGGUCCUCAUCCCACAGGUGCCUCUGUAUAAAAGCCUGCACUCUGCUCUGUGACCAUCGCCACGGCUACGCCUGUAUCUGCACCCACGGUGUUUUUCUGCCCGGCAACCACAUGGACGAAAAGUCUGAUUAGAGGUAACAGAAGCUGGUCAUCAAAAGGUUCUACUUGAUUUUAAUGUUUAUAAUCAGAGGUCAGUCUCAAAGGUGCUCCUGUUCACAUAUCUGACCCUCAUGUGACCACGUCAUGUGACCUGUCCGGCAGAUUCAUCAUCAACUGAUGCUUUUAGUGCAGUCACACACAGUCGUGCUGUAUUACCCAGAAUUCCCGCUGCUUCACAUUACCUUCUCUGAAAAGCCUUUAGCUUUUGUUUGUUUCACUGCUGAAGGACAGCGCCCUCUGCGUGUCAUGUGCCAUAAAACAGCCCUGACAGUGUUUUUGUGUGCGUUUUUGUAUGAAUUUACCUUGGUUUGUUACAAAAUGUUUUUUAUGAGUUUUUACAUCACUGAUGACUGCAGGCAGACCAAUCAAAGGUUUUUUUAAAAACCUUUUUGUCUGACUGUGAAUCGAUGCUCAGUAUGGCUCUGUUAGCCUAACAUGCUAAUCUGCCCCUGUUGAAAUUGUCACUGUCGUACUGGUGUGAAAGCCGGGCAUCCAACAGGAAGUCGUGCACAUGCCAGUGACCUUGUUAGCAUGCUAAAAACAACACUCAGGGCGCUAAAAACAAGCAUGCUAAAGUACAACAGUCCAAACAGUGUGACUGAGAGCAUGCACAGCAGCGUUCUGCUGACAGCAACAUAAACAGACCAAUAACAUUCUGUCAGUAACAGGGGCAGACGCAAAACAACAAAUCUGUUUACAGAAAACUUCUCAACCAAUGAGCUUCGACCGAUGGACAAAAUAAAAUUCAAACGUGUGUCAGAGCUGGCAAAUGAAGGUGAAGGUGAGGGUGUAGGUGUUGGGUUGUCAAAUUUUUGCCUUAAGAAAUGCAAAAAACUCCUAUAAUUGCCUCGCCAUCCAACAGGGGGCAGUGUGAGAUGUGGUUUAACUGCUGUCUCCGGUCGUGGGGAAAUAUGCUUUGAGGAACCUGAAAUAUUAAUGACAACAAACAUUUAAAAAAAAAGUUCAAUUGACUUUUUUUUUAAACGUUGACUUUUAUUUUCAAAAGUCCAAGAUUUAUUUUACUUACAAAGUAUAAGUAAGAGUUGUGAAACAUUUAAUCUAACAUACAGACAAUUGAAGCAGUGACACCCAGAAAGGGGAGCAGUGCUUAGUUGGUCCAGCAGAGGGUGCUCCGAUACUUUAGUUGCAUGUUGGCUUUCCUGUGGUUCUGCUGACAUUUUGUUGUGAUGAUGGAAGACACAAAGAUUUAGAAUUACUGAGUCCAGAUGCUGCUUUUGAACCAACGUAUUUACUCUCUGGUGUUUAAAAAAAAAAGAAACAGGACGCAAAUAAAAAAAGGUCCUGGGUGCUUUAAACAU